GUUAAGCCAAUAAAAUUUUCCUAGGAGUAAUCUUGUUCAACUCUCCUUGAUCAGUUGGUUAGUCCUCGAUUUUUCCGAAAAUAAUCUUUUUUCAGCAUUAAUAAUGGACAAGGAAAGGGACAACAACCCACCAACCCAUCCCCUCAAUCAUGUCAUUCAUUACAAGAAGAAAAGUUCAGAUUUCAUCUCCUAAUUCUUCUCUAUCUCUUGUUCCCCAUCGAUGCUCACAAGCAAACCCUCUUGUUUUCCCCUCCGGCUUUCUAGCUCUAUAACAUCUACAUCUCUUUAUAUUUCAUUUCCUCUUUGACACUAAGAAAAACCAUAGGAGCCACGAUCGAGUACUACCUCCAGCUCUCCAAUGGGCUCACUCCCUUCCCCUCCACGACCAGUUACUUCACCACCAUCACCCGAAAACUCUACUUCCAAUUAUCAAGUUUUCGGCUCUUUUUGCCCUGGGGAUCAACUCCCAAACACAAACAGAUCUAAUUCCAUAGAGUCCUACAAUCCCUCUAACAACACUUGGAGUCAUGUUACCUCAAUCCCUGGCCUACUUGAAAACCAUGUCUUGAAGGGCUUUGCAAUGGUCUCUCUAAGAGACUCCAUUUACGUGAUUGGUGGGAGGCUAUGUACUCACAAAGAGAGAUCAGCUCAAGGCUCUCAAGGUUCAGAUGACUAUGCAGAAGUGGAUGUUGAAGUUCUGCCCGUUGUUUUGUGUUUUAAUGUUGGGUCCAACCAAUGGUCCGAAUGUGCACCAUUAGGCACGCCACGUUAUGAUUUUGCAUGCUCCGUUUGUGAAAAUAAGGUCUACGUGGCAGGGGGGAAGUCCACUCUGGCUAGUGUAAGGGGUCUUUCUUCUGCUGAGGUGUAUGAUCCCGAACUCGACAUUUGGACCCCGUUGCCUAACAUGAGCAUAUUGAGAUACAAGUGUGUAGGGGUGACAUGGCAAGGUAAAUUCUACGUGGUCGGGGGAUUCGCAGAGCGAGAGGACUCAGACCCGGGGCUCUUCAUGGUGUUGCGUAGCUCGGCUGAUGUGUAUGAUGCGCAAGCGGGGAAUUGGGGCCACGUGCCCAGUAUGUGGCCACUAGAUGUGCCACCUAAUCAAAUUGUCACGAUGAAUGGCAGGCUAUUUAGCUGUGGGGAUUGCCUAAAUGCAAGAAAGGGUCACAUUGAGGUCUAUGAUGGAGUUAACAUAUGGAACGAACUUGAUGGAUCACAACGUGCUCUUAAUUUAGAUUGGCAACAAAAUCAACGGCUUUACCUCACAAUGGCACCAAUAGGGACCCACUUGUAUUUCUUGACAGGCUAUCGGACGGCCGGGGAUUCAUCAAGAACAAUGUCUAGGGUCCAUGUAUUCGACACAUCGGCGGCCGCUAGCAACACGUGGAGGAGCUUUGAGCCGAUGGAAGAGGAGGGAGAGAAAGAGCUCUGUAGCCAUUGCUGUGUUGUUCAAGUCCAGCAGCAAGGUUUCUAAACACCAACAGCCACCAUCAACAUCAUGGUACCGGCUCAAUUUAGUGGACUAAGUAAUAUAAUGUGUGAGUUUUCGUACCAAGUUCACUUGUAUUAAGUUUGUAUCCUAGGCAUCUUGGUCGGAUGCAUUAAUUACUCAAAACUGUGACCACUAGGGAGUCCACACUCCACGUGAUUUUUCCUACCUUUAUUAGCAAAUAAGAAAAAUCUUGUACCAUAUAAUUAAGCUUUUGCGUUUCUUGGAGUUUAAAACAUACAAACGUCUUGAUUUAGG